AUGAACGGUAUCAAUCGUUCGUUGCUCUUCAAUGUCAUCGGCUACGAGUACACGGACUUGGUGGCGGUGACUAGCGUUGCAGAGCGCAGAGAUGUCGAGACCACAGACCAGAAAGCGAAAGGUUCGGUAUAUGGCAGUGGGUGCUCUUCCUGGUUCAUCGACGAAAGGACGAGGCGAAAUACGACCAUGUAUCCCGAUUGGCAGUUGAAGUUCUGA